UACGUGAUACCGUCGGAGUUGGGUUGGGGUCGUUCGUCGUUCGUGUUCCCUUGUUCCUCAAUCCGCAUGCCCAAUUAUUUCUAUUAAAUCUGAAUUUAACAAAAAUUGCAGGCUUACAAUAGAAUUUGCUUUGAAAAAUCUUAAAGAAUGUCAAUAUUACGUUCAGCAAGGUUUAUAAAAUACAUUGGCCACGCUAGAAGAUUAAAGACGGUUCAAAAUAUUUCUAUAAAUGUUUUCUCACAACCUAUAAAACAAGCCGACAAAUCAAAUUUGCAGUCGUUUAGAUAUUUUUCACCUUACGCUGCAGAAGCCACACGUCAACAAUAUGAUAGGAGUUCAUUGGAUCGAUCAAUCCGUAGAUUGGAUGAGGAUGCUAGAAGAAUGGGACGUAUAUCUAUCAAAGAACUAAAGGACGUUAUACAAGAAAUUCAGUCAACAAAAACGGCCACCAGUACUCAGUCUUUGAUGGUCAUAAGAUGUUGCGGCAAUCUGGUACCCGAAGAAACUCCCGAAUUUCGAACGAAGCUUGUGAAAGAAGUCUGGUCCACACUAGAAAAGUUGGGCAUCCCGAUGGACGUCAGCCACUACAACGCACUGUUGCGCGUCUACCUGGAGAACGAGCACCCGUUCUCGCCGGUGGAGUUUCUGUCGGAGCUGGAGCACAAGGGCAUUGAGCCUAACCGCGUCACCUUCCAGCGGCUGGUGGCCGCCUACUGUCAGCGAGCCGACCUUGACGGCGCCACACGCAUUCUCGAAUACAUGCGAGAGAAGCAGAUGCCCAUCAGCGAGGGUGUCUUCAAUGCCCUCAUCAUGGGCCAUGCCAAGGCUGGUGAUAUGGAAAGUGCGAAGGGAAUUGUGGGCGUGAUGAGUCAGGCGAAUCUGGAGCCGAACAACGACACGUACACGACCCUGCUCUGUGGCUACGCGAGGGUCGGCGACGCAUCCGCCAUUGAGAGCUUGCUGCAGGAAUGCGAAACCAAAGAAAUAUGCCUUGGCGAUAGAGACUAUCUUGAGAUUAUCUACACUUUGGCCGUCAACGACCAACAGCAACUCAUCGAUUUUAUUCUAACAAAAAUCGGCAGAUCAACGGGCUACAAUCAGGAUGCUGCUAACGUUAUUCUGCGUUUGACUACUAGAGGCAAGGAAGAUAUAGCUUACAAGAUCUACGAAACUAUGGUUCCAAGUACCAGAGCGGAAGGCUUGCCUGUUGCUAGUCCGGGAGCUUUCUUUGUUAAACAGCUUGUCAAGGCUAAUCGGCCAAUUGAAAGUAUCCUAAAGUUAUGUGAGGCAAUGAAGGAGAAAGAUCAAAAUUCUCGUGGACUGUUGAUAGCAACCGAGAAUGCAUUGCUGUCUGGGAACGUCGAAUUGUCCAUUGCUCUGAUAAAAGCUUUGAAAGACGCCUACUAUCCGGUCAGACCGCACUACUUUUGGCCGGUCCUUGUCAAACAGAAUACUAGGAAAGAUGUGGUGAAGGUGGUUCGACAGAUGUGUGAUCUGAAGGUGACGCCGACGGCGGAGACGCUGCGAGAGUACGUGUUGCCGCGGGCGCUGGCCCUCGGCCCCGUCAGCGCCGCCGUCGAUCUCGUUGCCGAGUUGAAGGAGGCCGGCGUGUCCAUCGGUGCCUCAGCCGCCGCCAUUGCCAGCUACUACCUCGCCAACAAUAGGAUGGCCGAUGCCGCUGCUAUUGCUUCAUCAUAUCAGGCAGUGUACACAGUUUCGAUCUCGCGUAUUGCACUGGUGAAGUCGCUGCUGGCCACCAAAGACGUGGAGUCGUUCACGCGGCUGAUGCGCGCCAUGAUCCAAACCAAGAGCCUUCCGCGCAGCCAGGCCGAAGACCUUGUAGAGGAGCCCGUAUUCGACGACCGGGAGUUCAUUGGUCGCACUCUGCUCGAAAUUGUUAACAAAGACAGAAAUUUCGAAGUGCCCUACCGCGAAUUGUUCCAGAAAUGCCUGGAACAAGGGUUAGGCCUGAGCAACUCGACAGCCGAGCAGAUUCAGUCGCAGCUGUCGGACGCUAACCCCACGACAGACCUGUCCGAUCUGUUGACUCGACUCUCUGGCACCGACAUCUCGCCGGCUCCAAUUCUACGCAGACUGCCUGUCAAGUUUGCACCCAGGAAUGAAGAGUCAUUGCUUGCUAUUAAGAAAACCCUUGAAGCAAAAGGUGAGAACACAAAUGGAAUAAAAAAGCAACUUCUUGCUCUUUAUUGUUCAACCGAUGAUGUGGAGAGAGCGGAAUCUUACUUCAAGGAAUUGAAGUCUGAAGGCUACUUCCUCACUGCUGGCAUGUAUGCCAUGAUGAUUGAAAAAUAUUUGGACAGUAAAUCCCACGAUAAAGCGUUUGAAAUGUUGAAUGAGCUUCGAGAGAAGGAACCAGAUAUCAAACUAGAUAACAUCAAAUCUGUCAAGGUUGCUACUGGACUUAUAGAGAGCGACCGUCUUCAAGAUGCGUUGCUGUUCCUGCAGACCCAAAAGAGGGAGGAGGGCGACCUAAGCAAAGAGGCGCAGAAAGACAAGCCAUUCGCCUACAAUGUGAUUUGCUGGCGAUUGUUGAACACGAUUGCCGAGAAGGGGGACGCCGACGGAACCCGGCAGGUGUUCGAUGCUCUUGUCGACAACGGCUUCAUCCAGGUCUCCAACAUGUUCUUGGGACCACUGGUCAAGGCUCAUCUCGUCUCUAACAAUUUGAGUGGUGCACUGAACGUGUUUGAGUGGGCGUGCCACAAUUUCCGAGCUACGCCGUUGAAGAAGGAGUUGUCGUGCAAGUUGAUAGAGAAGGAGGAUGCCGCCUCUCUGCAGCGACUCACCGAUCUCAGCACCAUUGUUCACGGUGAGAUCAACAGCCUCCACGACCUGGUGCUCGCGUUCGUCGAGUGCGGACGCAUGCGACAGGCCAGGAAGAUACUCGAGACACCAGGCCUGCGCGUGCGCACAGACCGGUUGAUUAGUGAACGGUACCGCGGUGACGCGGAUGUCAAGACGCUGGAGGGAAUUUUGCAAGUGACCAAGGAUAUUGCACAAGUCGACCGUGCUAACAUCUAUUCUAUUCUUCUCACCAAUCUCAUAAAACUAGAUAAUGCGGAAAAGGCGCUUAGUCUGUGGACCCGUAUGCAAGAAGAAAAUGUCCAACCAUCAGAUGAAUUUUUGCACAGGUUGGGAACGUUCCUAACUGAGAAAGGAUUGUCUGUGCCAUUUGUGAUUCCAACCGUCGAUGUCAAGGCCAUUAAAGAGUCAGAUGAAGACCUUACCCUGCCUCGAAGAAAGUUGAAAAUGGCAUUCGCUUCCAAAAAUUGGAACGCCAUCAUGACAGCUUACAAGGAGUUGAAGCAGCAGAAUGUGAAACUGUCACCGGCCGAAAUAGCUGGACUGAUACAGUGUGCACUUGAAGAAGGAAGGCCAAUCCAAACGAUCGCUGAACUAGCGGGCGAAAUUUUGGCUACCAACGUUGAAUUUCCCCGCUUCAAACUCGCCUACUUGACCAAAAAACUUGCUCAAACUGGUGAUGUUGAAUCUUUGGAACAUUUCGGACAUUUCUUCACCGAAGAUCAGAAAAAAAAUACCAAGUUCGAGAACAUGCGCUAUUUGUGCUACAUUGAAGCGGGAAAGGUAUCCGACAUAAUGGAUAAAGUAGAGAAAAUCGUGAGAGGAGCUAAUUCAGAAGAAGAUUUUAAAAAAGCUGAAAAGAUUCCUUUGGGAGGAAUGAUCCAUAUUUUGAAGGCAUCACCUGAAGUCUGCGAAAGAGUUGAAAAGUUGUGUGCUGAGUGUUCUGAGAAGGGUAACUCAGUUUUAGCGAAUACUCUGUGGGCCUACUACUUAUUUGUAGGUGAUGUGCAAUCAGCCGAUCGUAUCUUCAACAAGCACUUGAAGUCAAGCAACUUCCUAUCCUACAGGCUCGUAUCAAACAGUGCAAUCAAAAAUUUAGAUGAAGAAUUGGCUGAUACUCUCGGUAAAUACCUAGAACAGUAUGAACACGCCAGUUCCGCCAACCAUGCUAAUAUUUACUCUUCAAAAAUGAACAUUAUGAUCAGGAAGAAUGAGAUGGAGAGAGCAUUGGAAUUUCUACAUAGUAUUUCAAGUAAGGUUCCUACUUCCGAAUUGAGCCCUGUUGUUAUGAUUCAAUUGAAGAAAUACGCCACUGCCCGUGGAAAGAGUUUCCCUUACGAGAUUCCACAAUCAAAACAGGGGAGGAAAGGUGAUCAGGAAGAUAUCUCAGACAGUGACAGUGAGGAAUACAACAAUUCAAGACAAACCAAUCAGAGGCUAAGUAGUUAACCAAAUCAAAGGAAACCGCAUCGUUAAUUUUCUCACUGUAGAACCAGUUUAUUGACUUUUGUACAUUGUUUUUGUUUGUAAUUAGCAAUUAUUAUGAUUAGUGAAUGAUAUACCGUGUAUAGAGAAUAUCAGUUUUAUAAAUUAUAUGAUGUUCUUUAAAAUCAA